GUCCGGAUGCAGUUUUACAAUUAGUUCUCCGCAGUCGGUUGCUCUGGCUACUCAGCAGCGUGGUUUUUUUCGUGGAGGUAGCUGAGUGUGCCGGCUCCAUUCCGCCUUGUUGGGAAGAGGAACGCAGAGGAGAGGUUCUGUGGACACCGAGCUGAGGCUCCCUAAAGGCAACAGAGCCACCCGAGGGCCCUAGAGCGUGCGAAGGCAGGGCUGCGGCCCAAAGCAAGGGCAGCUGAAAGGGAGGGUCUGCAGAUCGUGUAGGAGUUCGCUGGGGCCUGGGCUGGGCCGGCAGAGGCCCGGGGCUGUCGCGCAAUGCUCGGGGCCCGGUGCCUGCUGCAAGCCCUGCGCUCCUGCUCCUCGGCUCCGUGCGCGAGGCCAAGAGCUCCCGCCGCACUGAGCGUGCGGGACGCCCUCAGGGCCCGGGGCGCUAGUGGGGAGCGCGUGAAGGUUCAGGGAUGGAUUCGUUCAGCCCGAUCCCAGAAGGAAGUCUUGUUUCUACAUGUAAAUGAUGGGUCAUCUUUGGAGAGCCUUCAGGUUGUUGCUGAUUCAAGCUUUGACAAGAACUGGCUUUCGGAAGUUCUGUGGAAGCCAGGAGACAGCUGCGUUAAAAAGCCCAUCCAGAGGGCAAAAUGUGGAAUUGAAGCAGGCAAAAAAUAUGAAGUUAUUGGAAAUGUGAUGCCAAG